AUGCGGCAUGCCUGGCUGGCCGCCGCCGCCGUGUGGCUUGCCGCGGCGCUGCCCGACCAGGAGGACGACAGGGCGCUGCAGCCAGGCGUCCCCUGCGACGAGUGGGACGCGUCCACGGGCACCUGCUUCUUUCGGCGACAGGUGGGCGACACGGUGACAUUGUGGCUGCGCAGUGCUGGUACCGGCGUGGGUCGUGUCGCGUGGCGACGGCGGUACCGCGCGCUGGACGGGUCGUCGUUCCACGGCGGCGGAGACGCUGUGGUUGAGCUGCGGCCGGACACGGCCCCGUGGAACGUAGCCAUCGGCGCCGGUGAGCUGCGCAUUUCGCCCAUCACCGACUCGGACCUGGAACCCAACAGCUGGGAGGCCAUGGCGGGACCCCUGGGCAACCUCAGCUUCCGCCUCGAGCUACUGCCCGUAGACUUGGGGCCCGUGUUUCGCGGCGACCAGCUCACCAUCAACCUCGAGCACUACCUCACGCUGCCGCUCGAGUCACUGCACUUCCGCUGGGACUGGGAUUACCAGCCACUAGCCACCAACAUGCGGGUGAGCCGGUCAGGCCGCUCGCUGCGCAUCACGGGCCUGCGGCGAAGCCAGGGCGGCCUGCUCGCGUGCUCCGUGUACUCGUCAACGGGCCUUUUAGUGGCACGGCGCCGCUUCAGGCUGCGCGAACCCAUCGAGGAGCCCUUGCCCGAACUGCAGAGCCCGUUCCAGUUGCAACAAACAGGCGGUCGAGUCAAGCGCGGCGUAGUCGAAUCAGACACCACCGACAGCCAGCUGCUGGCGCCCUGCACAAGACACACGCAGUGUGGACUGCACGCCUCAUGUCGUACGCGCUACUGCGUAUGCGGCGCCGGAUACGUUGGCAAUGGGCUCUUCUGUUGGGAGUCCGCCGCUGCUGCAGCAGCAGGCGGCGGCUAG